GAGCAGAUGCGCGUGACGCGCUGAAGCUGACGGAUCUCCCCCGCGCUCAGCAUGCGCCCCGGAGCUGCCGCGUAGCCCUGAGCCCUCCGGACUAAACCACUGGAAACAUGUGCAAGACACGCAAAGGUUUCUGCCUUGCUAGGGAAGGAAAGUUCUGGGUUUUUUGGAUUCUCCUGCUCUACACAAGUCCUCUAUCCUGCUUUUCAAAGUUCAGCCAUCUUGUCUAUAAGAUAAAGGAAGGCUUACCCAAUGGGAUUCUCAUCGGGUCCAUUGGAGAAGAUUUAAAUUUGGAUUUCUCCAUCGACCCCCCGCGUUUGUUCCAUCUGGAAUUAAGGCAGAGCAAUUCUCAGUAUGUCAAUCUAAGUUAUACAACCGGGGAGCUUUUCACUUCUGCUGUGGAAAUUGACCGAGAGACUCUUUGUGCAGAUUCCUAUGAGGGUCAAGGAUGCACUAUUUCUCUGGACGUGAUCAUUCUGCCACAGCAGUACUUCCAGCUAGUUAAGAUCAAAAUCAUCAUCGAAGACAUUAAUGACAAUAAGCCACAUUUUCCAGUGGACGAGAUCAGCGUGUCUGUGCCGGAAAAUGCACAGGUCAACGCUCGGUUUGUGGUAGAGCAAUCUGCUGUAGACCCGGAUAUAGGCAUUUAUGGGGUUCAGACAUAUUGGCUGGCUAAUGACUUUGGAGUUUUCACGCUGGACGUUGAGCAAAACGAAGGAGGAGAACUGACACCUUUCCUGAUCAUUACUGGACCUUUGGAUAGGGAAACGAAAGCGGAAUAUUUAACUGAAUUCAUCGCUGAGGACGGGGGAUCUCCUCCUUUUUUGGGCAGUACCACUCUUAGAAUUAUCAUCACAGAUGUAAAUGACAACUGCCCCAAAUUUGCAGAGACUCAGGUGAAUGUGACACUUUCUGCAAACACCACAAAGGGCUCACAGUUGGCCCGUCUCUAUGCCUUUGACCCAGAUCAUGGUACCAAUGCUCAGAUUACUUACUCGUUCAGUAAACGGGUCACUCGAGAAACUAGGAACCUUUUUCACUUGGAUGAAAUCACAGGGGUCAUCAAGCUAGCCGAAAAGAUCGAUUCGGACACUGGAAAGCUGUACAAGAUGGUUGUGCUGGCUAACGGGCCAGCUUGCAUACCUGAUAUUGCUACCGUCACUGUGAAGGUUGUUAAACUGGUUUCGGGACCACCAGCCCUCAUACCCCGUUACAUUGCUUCAGAGAAAGAUGGUGUGGUUUCUCUGAGUGAAUCAGAGCCACCCUUUACACCUAUUGCUUUCUUCACCAUAAAGAAUGCAGACCCAAGGAAGAAGGUGACAUGUACUUUGCAAGGUCAUGGACCCUUCAGGCUUUUGCCAUAUAAAAAUUUGAAAAAUGAGUUCUUGCUGGAGACUACUGCUCAGCUGGAUUAUGAAGAUCAAAAAUAUUAUGAACUCACUGUGGUGGUCAGAAACUCAGAUGGAGAAGUUGUUGAGACACAGGUGAAGGUGCACAUAUUGGAUGAUAAUGACAAUGCUCCCAUAUUUAAACAGUCAGUUAUUGAUAUAAAGAUUGAGGAGAACAAUGCUCCGGACACAUUCCUCGCUAAAUUCCAAGCCACUGACAAGGACAGUGGUAACAGGGGUGAGAUACUCUAUCUUCUUGGGUCAGAUGCUCCCCCAAUCUUCCACCUUGACCGGUUGACUGGGGUCUUGACCGUGACCACAUCUUUUGACAGAGAGGAGAAAGAGACCUACCGGUUUAUAGUCCGAGCAGUUGAUGGUGGCACGCCAAGGAAGGAGUCAAUCGCUACGGUUUUAAUCACCAUCCUGGAUCGCAACGAUAACAGUCCUCGUUUCAUCAACAAAGAUUUCACCUUCUUCGUCCCAGAGAACUUCCCAGGAUUUGGGGAAAUUGGAGUCCUCUCUGUGACCGAUGCGGAUGCCGGGGAAAAUGGCUGGGUGGCGCUAUCAAUCAUCAAUGGAAGUGACAUAUUUGUUAUUGACACAGGACGGGGUGCACUGAGAGCGAAAACCACAUUGGACCGGGAGCAGCAAGGAACAUACUAUCUCUGGAUUGAAGCUGUGGACGGGGGUAAGCCUGCACUCUCGUCCGUCACCAUGGUUACUGUUUUGCUGUUGGACGUCAACGACAACCCGCCAGUGGUGCUGUUUCCCCAGUCCAACCAGUCCUACUUGCUGGUUCUUCCCAGUACACUUCCAGGAUCGUCCGUCACAGAGGUCUACGCUGUGGAUAGGGACACUGGCAUGAAUGCCGUCAUUGCCUACAGCAUCAUCAAGCGUAGGGGCGGCGAACCAGGCUCGUUUGACAUAGACCCAGAUACUGGAAACAUCACCCUCAGGAAGGUCUUGAGUGACCGGGGCCUGUACAGCCUGCUGGUCAAAGUCAGUGACCAUGGCCAACCUGAACCACUUCACUCCACUGUUAUGGUCAACCUGUUUGUCAAUGAAACCAUCAGCAACGAGACAUACAUUCAGAGCCUCCUGACCAGAGAGGCAGAUAUCGGGAUUGAGGAGGUCAGGCCACCAAUCAGGCUUGCUCAGGGGCCAGAGUAUAGUGAACUCUUUCCCUGCAAGCUGCUACUUAUUGCUCUUAGCACCACCUGUAUGGGGCUUCUCCUUAUAGUGGUGUCACUGACCGCAUACAUAUGCUGUAAGAGGCAAGAAAAUCAUAAAAAGAAGAGAUUAGAAGUAGAGAUCCCUUUAAAAAUAGACAGUGACAGACAAGCCAUGGACAGGAAGCUUAUGGAAAUUUCUAACAUAUGACCAUGGCCCACAUCAACAAACUGUCUACAAAUGUAAAUUGUGCAGCUUCUCCAGACAAACAAGUGGAGUAUAAACUGAGAAAAUUGUAUAUAUUGUAUAUUUGAUGUUUUUGUAAUUUUAUGACAUGAAACAAAAUAUAUUUAAAAAAUUGCUCAAAAGGUUACAUCAAAAGUGUGUCUAGUUUUUUUAAACCUACAUUUUCCCAAAUGCUUGAGUGUAUGACACUGUAAUUUAUUACUCUUUAAUAAGUAGUGCCCUCUGCAACGUGUCAAACCUCCAUUUCUGUUCAGCACAAGAUUGUGUUGUAUGAAUAUCGAAUAUGGAAAAUGGACGUAUCACUGCACAGUGAUUAACAGAAACCCUUAUGCCAUUGCCACAUUCGAUUCAUUAGUAAAUAUAUUUCAUGCAUUCUGUGAGGGAUAAAGGAUACGUUCCUAGUGGACUCUAAGUAUUUAGUACGGGUCGAAUGAAAAUCCGGGUUUUCAAGGCCACCUUUGUCAAUUGGAGUUUGUAAUGAAAAUUUCAAAGAUUCUUUAUCCUUCUCUACCAAAAACAUUUAAGAAAUGUCUAUGUUUACAUGCAGUGUACAAUGUGAGCAAUAGCUUAAUUGAAAUUUAAACCAACUGAGGUCAAUCUGUUUGAAUUUCUAUCUGAUUGAAAGAUGAAUUAAAACAUUUGCGAGAUGUGAAGUUUCGUGAAUUUGGAAUUGGUAAAAAGAUAGUGUGUGUUUGUGUUAUACAGGCUAAGAAACCAAAUUCCAUUAUUAAAUGUAGAAUAUUUUAUUAAAAGUUUGAAUGGGGUCCAAGAUUGGCAUCCAGGCAAUCCAGUCUCAGAUUGGAUAUCUUUUAAAACGAACGAGGCGAAAGAGAGCAUGAUUGGGAUAGCGAACUAACGAGUUGAGCCUUCUGUUCACUUCUUCUUGCUAUUAAACAUAAAUUUGGUUUAACAUAAACGCAAAUGUUAAUACUAAUGGAAAUGUAAUCUCCUGACAUUUAGUUGUAUAAAUUGUUUGUUGAGAAUCUGCAUUCGGAAAGAAUUUCAUUCAGAUUGACAAAAAUCAUUGCAUGUGAACGCAGCCGACGGUUUAUCCCAAAACCCGACAACCUUGUGGUGUGUAAGUAAAGUGUACAUGCAUA